CUGUAUUUAUACAGCUUAAAAAAUGUGUGUUUCUGUUAGGAAACCUGUGUGCUUCAGGUGGAUUUUUCACCACUAUUCAAAUGAAGAACUGGUCUGAUAGCCGACAGUUUUGCAGAGAUCAUGGUGCUGAUCUGGUCAUUAUCAAGAGUAAAGAGAAGCAGAGCAGAGUGUAUUCAUUUAUCAAGGAGAACAUGGGCGUGUCUGUGUGGAUUGGAUUGUCUGACAUAGAGAUUGAGGGCAACAUGAAAUGGGUGGAUAAUUCUCCACUGAAAGAAGGGUUUUGGCUCAAGGGUGAGCCAAAUGACAAUGGUGGAAAUGAAGACUGUGUUUUAAUGAAUACAAACCCUGACCUAAAUAACUGGAAUGAUAUCUCAUGCUCAGAAAAGGGCAGAAUUCUUUGUGAAUAAUACGGUUCAUUGCAUCUUGUCAUAAAUUUACUUGUAUUAAAAAAAAAAGAAAGAAAAAAAUAUAACCCAGCCAUGGGUAAAAUACCACCAUAUCAGUGGCCUAAUAAAAACCUGCACUGCAACCUACACUGAUGUUAUUCUCUGUCAUCU